AUGGCGGACGAGAAGCAUGAAGAGGCCGGCUCAUUGCCCUUGCCAUCACCACCGGCAAAGGUAGUCUGUAUCGCAGACCCGCCUCAUGGCAUUAUCUCUGAUCCGGAGAAAGCGCUGGUCGCUCAAAAUCAACCUGCUAAAGGAGCUCCAGCCCGAAAGCCAAAGGGUCACAAGAGGAACUACACCCUUGAUGUGGAAGCUCAAAUCACCUUGCCCGAGGACCCUGAGCGCAAGCGAUUCUCCCAUGCCAGAUAUGUCAUCUUCACUGUGUAUCGACGAUUGUUCACUACAGUGUUCUGUGCAAAUUUUGCCUGUUUUCUCUACGUGAUGAUCUCUGAUCGGCAACUUUUGGCGCUAGUGAAUGCGACAGCUGUCAACUUGGUUGCUUGUGGUCUCGCUAGACACCCAAUGGUCGUCAAUGCCAUCUAUAGAAUUGUGUGCUGUCUUCCCAGGUCUGCACCGCUGUGGCUGCGCCGUACAGCUGCCAAAGCAGCACAUUACGGCGGUGUUCACAGUGGCUGUGGUGUUGCCUCAUUGAUUUGGUACAUUGGAUUUGUUGCCAUGGUUUCUAAAACCAAAUGGACGUCAUCUCCUAUCAGUCCAUUGACGCCUAUCCAAUUCUCAGCGGCUCCUAUUGUUCUGGCCUACAUCAUUUUGGUGCUGCUCAUGGUCAUGGUGAUUGUUGCACACCCUGCAAUCCGCCGAAAGUUCCAUGAUUACUUUGAGUUCACACACCGAUUCACCUCUUGGUUGAUUCUCGCACUCUUCGUUGUCUUGGUUAUGGUCUUUGCCCACGAGGUUGCCCCCGCGCAAAAAGACACUCUUGGUCACUUCCUCAUCAACCUGCCAGCAUUCUGGCUCCUGAUCGCAGCAGUCCUCGCUGUGGCACACCCAUGGCUUCUGCUGCGCAAGGUUCCCGUGACAGCUGAACCUCUUUCCACCCACGCUGUGCGACUCCACUUCAAUCACACAGCCAUCAGUUUCGCUAAGGGUGUUCAAGUCACGAAGCACCCUCUCCGUGACUGGCACAGUUUUGCGGGUUUCCCUGACCCAGACCCAACUGGCAAGAGUAACCUGAAAAGCUGGUCUAUUGUCGUCUCCAAGGCUGGAGACUGGACCGCCGACACAAUUGCCAACCCACCAACCCAUCUCUGGAAGAGAGGAGCCCUGAUGCGCGGUGUCGGUUACGGACUGCGUCUGUUCAACCGUAUCAUCAUUGUCACCACCGGUUCUGGAAUCGGACCCUGUCUGGGUUUCCUUGGUGACGAGAACAGACCCGCUAUCAAGGUCAUUUGGCAGACGCGUACUCCCGUGAAGACAUACGGACAGGACGUCGUUGAUCUUGUUCACAAGAUGGGCCCGGACCCAAUCAUUUGGGACACCUCCACUGAUGGUCGUAUCGAUAUGCUCCCCAUGGUGCGACAGCAAGUGAAGGAGUUUGAAGCGGAGGCUGUCUUCGUCAUCAGCAAUCCUUCAAUGACCCAAAAAAUCGUUUACGAAUUUGAAUCCCAGGGGAUUCCGGCCUAUGGGCCGAUCUUUGACUCAUGA